AUGUUUGCUUCUGUUUUUCCCAAUCUCCACCGGCUUGAGUUGGAAUGUUGCUAUAAAAUAUCUGAUGAGAGUAUUGUUCAUGUCUUAAGGAGAUGCCGUAACAUAAGUCAUUUGAAUUUAACAAUGUCAAACUUGGAGCUACGAGGAAUGAACUUGGAAGCUCCCAAGCUAAAGAUGUUGGACUUAUCAUUUUCAAACGUUGAUGAUAUCUCAAACACUUGUUGUGGGCUUUUGCAAUUGUUAAUAAAUGAUUGUUUAGGAUGCACAGAGAAGGGAGUGAAACAUGUGGUAGAAAAAUGCACACAACUGAGAGAGAUCCAUUUGAGAGACUGUUUGAAUGUGCGUACGAAUGUUGCCGCCUCAGUGCUAUUUUUAAGUCCAUCAUUGAGAAAGAUAACUUCUCCUCCUCAUAUUCAUUUCAGUGAAAGUGAGAGGAUACUCUUAUUGCAACGAGGAUGCGUUGUUUGCUGA